UGUUUGGCUACUCGUGGAAUAGUGUGUGUUUCGUGUGAUGUGGAACUGAUUUGUUGUAUACAAAUAUUUCAAAUUCUGUAUAUAAGUGAAAAUAUUUUCUAGGGAUAUAUUUAUAAAGUUGUAUAACUGCUAUUUUUUAUUAUUUUUUAAAAAAGUAAACCGUGCGAAUAAAAUACUUCUUUCGUAUUUGCAAUUUGUUACAUGUGUUAGGUUAUAUAGGAAGAAAGCAUGGGAAAAGAAACUGAAUCUGAAAACUCAAAGAAAAGAAGGAAAUCUGUUAGUGGGAAUUCUGGAAUAUCCCUUAAAGAUGGAGAUAUGUAUAAGGCGAUAAUAAGUUAUGAAGAAAAGGAAGCUAUGGAACGUUUACCUGAAACUGACUCUGAAAACUUUUUGUCAACUUGUGAUAGUAUACGUAAAGCAAUGAAUAAAAUAGCAAAACUGAAAAGCAUUGGCGAUCCAGGCGCAAAAGAUGAAAUACAUGAAAUUCAAAUUCAUACAUCACUAGCAUUUAUCGAACUUAAGAAAUUGAAUAGAAUGGAAAAGUUUCGUACAAAAUUUGCAAGAGAUUCUCUUGUGUCUUCAAAAAGUAGUGUAGACAGCAGGCAUUUACACUUACAAAAUUUAUUGUAUGAAGUGAUGCAUUUAAAAAAGGAAGUUAUUAAAUGUCUUCAAUUUAAAUCCAAAGAUGAAUUAAUACAACUGGUUCCAGAAGAAGAAUUUUACAAGGAAGCACCUGAGAAUAUUAGUAGACGGGAGAUCACAAUGCAUAAUCCUCAUCAGUUAAGAUUAGCUCGCUUAGAAUGGGAACUAACGCAAAGAAAACAGUUGGCUGCACUGUGCGAUGAAUUGACUGAAAAUAAGAAAGCAGUAGCAUUAAGUAUAGAUUCUAAACAAACUAGACUUGAUAAUCUUGCACCGCAACUUCGUUCAAUACUAGAUGCAAGUAAACCUCUUCAAGAAAGUCUUGGCUUACCAUUAGAUAAAAUUAGACAAGAACAUUAUAAAGCGACAUUACUUCCUUCACCAUUAUAUGUUCUUUAUGCAAAAGCAUCUGCAUACAGAGAUGCAUAUGAUAACAGCAUUCUAGUAAAAGUAGAAGGUGACGAAGAAGAAGCAAAACGUGCAAAUAAUCAAGAUGGAAUACAAGAAUCUGAUUCAGAUACUGAAAAUAUCUCUGAAAAUAUAAUAGAAGAAACUCAUGUGCAUAAAAAAAGACAUCAUAGGUUAUCUAGGGAAGCUAGACAAGAAGAAAAGAGAACUAAGUUACUGCAGAGACACCCUUUGAAUGUGAAAAUUGUGAUUAAAUUAAAAAGCGAAACAAAACUUACGUUACAAUUCUUUUAUAUGAUAUUUUUAAAAAUUGUAACUGUGGAAUCGAAACUAAAAACAGAAGGAAUUGGAAAUACUAAUACAGGCGACAUGCUGGUCUCGGAAUCAAUUUUACGAGAAUUAUAUCCACGAGACUUAGGAUUAGAAAGUCCAAAUCCUGCUAAUAGUUAUCAGUUAAGCCGACACAAUCUAGGACAAUUUGCAUUGCUUGGACUAGGAAUACCAUAUAAAUGGGCACAAAGAAUGGCUGGGUUACAUUUCAUUUCACCUGAUACACGUGAACAGACGGUUACAAGCUGCGAGUCAACGCAAGAUAACGUCGAAAGCGUACUGAGGGAAAUUAAAAGACGCGUAAAAGCAAGAUUGGAAUUGUGUACAGAAAUUCGACAAUUAGAAUCCGGAAAUUUACCAGUCUUUACCGCUACUAACGAUCUACCACAAAAGCUUAGUACAAUAUUGCAAAAAUUUACAACAAUUUCCUGGAAUAAUUACUCCAACUCUAUUAGUCCUGCUUUUGAAGAUCAAGGAUUGGUAUCUUCAUUGGAUAUGUUUUACGAAGCUGUACUUCGAAGGGGAAAUAAUGAGCUAAUAGCAAAAAUAGCUAUAAAUGCAGAUUAUCCGAAAAUAGCACCAGUAUUUAGUAUAAACAUGAAUUCAGUCGUACCUGUACAUGGGGACAUUUUGAGGGAUAUGGAAAGGGAAGUAAAUGUCAUGUGGUCAAAGCCACCAACAUUGUCUGCACAACUCCAGCGGUUAAGAGCGUGCUUCGAUGUUUAUUUAGAAACAGAAAAUAUUAUACCAAAGGAAAAAAUAUUUUUUCAUGCUGUGAAAGGCCGUACUCGAGCUAGACCAUAUAAAUAUUUAGAAUUAGGCGGUGGAAUUUUUAUUCACCGUUAAGGUCCCGUACAAAGUAAAUACAUUUUGACUGAAAUACAUUAAUCUAUAAAAUACACAAUAUGAUAAUGGAAGGAAAUAUGCAAUUCACUCAAUGUAGAGGUG